AUGGCGUUGUUCGGACCUACGCUUCUACUCGUGGCCAUAGCUGGCUGUCUGGCAAGCGAACGCUACCUGGCAGAGCUGACCAGCUACACCAUCGCGGUGAUUCAACAUCUUUCCCUUGGACAGCCGGGUGGGACAUUCGAGUGUGUCGUUGUGGACCUGCAGCGAAGAAACCCCUUCGAUACCGUGCUCGGUGAUGUUCUACGCUCGCCCAAGCUUGAUCACGUGGUGAAGUUUGUGAUUGGAAGUAAUUUUGAGGGAGAUCCCGAGGAGUACCCGAGGGAUCCGUCGCUGGUUUUGGUGCACGCAGAUCCCGAGACCAAUGUAAUUCUGGUGCCAAGAGGUAGAACGCUGAAUGUUUUUGAGCUGUUCAAAGCACCGUUUACAACCGAAGCAUGGAUUUUGCUACUGUUGAUCAUCAUAUCGCUAGAAGUGCUCAGUUUCAUACUGCCUUCCCAGUUCAAGAAUGAUCCCGCGCUCUUUUUGAUCUGUGGACUGGAACGCUACGAUUUGCACAAGGCCAAGCGCUGGGAAAAAAUGAUUUUUUUUGCAUUUAUAAUCUUCUUCUUUCUAAUGACAAACGCGUACGAAACUAAAAUCAUUUCCAUGAUGGCCAGCAAGCCAACGCAUAGAUCCAUCAAGACAAUUGAGGAGCUGGUUAAAGCUGAAAUUCCGACAAAAGCAAACUUCAAUCAUGUUAUCAAAUUAGAUUUGGGUCAAUUAAACAAAACCCUUCAGAAUGCAACGGAAGAUCUGUCCUCAAUGGAUGGAGUAAGCGCCUAUCUAGCAACCAGAACCAAGUCGGAAAUAUUCCUUCCCAUUUACCACUUUGACUACAGUCUGCAACGGACAUCGUACCUGAUCAUGGCAGAAACGCUCGGACUGCUAAUCGGAGCUCUGCAGACCAGUGAUCGUAACCCAUUGCAGGGCGUUCUGGAGGCCUCGCACGCAACUUUUGUCGAAGGUGGACUGUUGGACCAUUACACCGAACGGAUGAAAAUGAAAUAUUUCUACCAUCGUCGCAGAACCCAACCGCAGGCGGAAAAUGGAAGGACAUUGCUCGGAAUUGAUGAUCUCGCGCCAGCGUGGAUCGCAUUAGGGCAUGACGUGCUCCAGGUCAGCGGUAUUCCUCUUAGUGACAGCAGCUUUCACCCUGGCUAG